AUGAAUGUUGUGUCGUUGGUGGGUGACGCGGAUGUUCCUCGUGAGGAGCCGCCGGUGGUUUUGGAGGUUGACGCCGACGGUGCUAGGGUGCGUGACGCGAUGUACGUUUUUCUCAGCCGCCUCGUAGACCCUUCCUUGCGUUCCGCCGCAUCACCACCUACAGAUCUGCGCUACAUUGUACGGCAGCUUGAGCGUAUCAGCACAUGUGUGGACUGGUCGACGUGCGUCGUGCGGUGGGGUGACUUUAGUCACUUUGACGAGGACGCAAGCACGGCGAUCGAGUUUGACUAUCAACGGUUUGCGCCUUUUAUAGACUUUGCGUUGCAUCAGGUGCUUUCCCAGUACUACGCGGAGGAUUAUGCUAACCGCGGCAAGUGCAGUCCCAGCUUGGUUUUUUCAUGCGUGCCUCGCUGUCUUGGUAUUCGUGCGGUGCGUGCGUCUAUGGUAGGACAGCUGUGCUCAAUCAAAGGCGUUGUGACGCGAACUUCGCAGGUGAGACCGGAGCUGAUUGUUGGCGUUUUUCGCUGCAAUGACUGUGGGACGGAAAGUCAGCCCGUUCUGCAGCCAUUUCAUUACACGGAGCCACCGGCCUGCCGUGACCCGCAGUGUGAAAAUAAGAGUCGCUUUCAAUUGGUUCCGACUCAUCCGCAGACGCGGUUCGGUGACUGGCAGAAGAUACGGCUUCAGGAGGAUACAAACAACAUUCCGGCGGGGUGUGUGCCACGUACCAUGGAGCUCAUUGCUCGUAACGAUGGGGUGGAGGUGGCAAAGCCAGGGGACCGUAUCAUUGCAGUUGGCUGCCCUAUCGUCGUUCCCGAAGUGGCGAAAUUGCUUGGCCAGGCUCAUCGGCGAGAGGUGCAACGUGAAAUGUCAGGAGUCCAGCGUGCGCAGCAGGAAGCACAGCAGGAAAUGGAGGGUGCCACGGGACUACGGGCACUUGGUGUGCGGGAGCUCAAAUACCGCAUGUGUUUUCUGGCAACAACGAUCACCGACGCGAAUGGCGAUGAUCGAAAGAUGACAGAGGCGGUAAAAGAUUCCACGGACGGGGCGGCUGAGCGGGAAUAUGUCCGUCUCACCCCUGCAGAACUAGAAAAGGUGCGGUUGAUGCGUGGCCAUGACAAUUUGCUCAAGGCGCUCACCGACUGUGUGGCCCCAAAUAUUUUCAAGCACGAUGUUGUGAAGUUGGGUCUUCUGCUUCAGAUGGUUGGCGGUGUUUCAAAGAACACGUUGGAACAGAUUGGGUUGCGUGGGGACAUUAACGUCUGUAUUGUUGGUGAUCCAUCAACGGCCAAGUCGCAGUUUUUGAAGUGGGUGGCGAGCAACGUGUCUCGUGGUGUCUACACCAGCGGAAAGGCUUCUACCGCGAGUGGUCUCACGGCGACUGUGACACGGGACGCUGACACGGGGGACCGCACUAUUGAGGCGGGUGCCCUCAUGCUGAGUGAUCGCGGUGUCUGCUGCAUUGAUGAGUUUGACAAGAUGGACGUAAAGGACCAGGUGGCGAUCCAUGAAGCAAUGGAGCAGCAAACCAUCUCUAUUGCAAAGGCGGGGAUUAAAGCGACGCUAAGCGCUCGGACUUCACUCCUCGCGGCGAUGAAUCCCAUUGGUGGGAAGUAUGAUCGCCGAAAGCCUCUGCAGAAAAAUGUGGCCAUGACAGCACCGAUUAUGUCUCGAUUUGAUCUCAUGUUCGUCAUUGUAGAUGAGUCAAGCGAUGACGCGGAUUACGCAAUUGCCGAUCAGCUUCUAAGGCUUCAUCGUUUUGGUGAUCGUGCCGUUCGCCCACCGUUUUCGACGGAGGACUUCCAGCUGUAUCUUCGUUACACGCGCUCUCUCACACCACGUUUGAAGGAAGAGUCUGUGCAACUCAUCGUUGCGGCAUAUAGGGACAUGCGUCUGCAGGAUUCUUUGUCAAACCGCAGCAAAGUGUACCGCGUCACAACACGUCUUUUGGAGAGUAUCAUUCGUCUUUCCGAGGCAGUGGCGAAGCUCUACAUGAGUGAGGAUGUGAAGCCAGCCCAUGUGGAGGUGGCGUUGGAACUCAUGCGUCAAUCCCUUUCGACACUUGACAUGACUGAGGUGGAGCUUGUCGGCAUUUCAGACCCUUUUGAAGUUGCAUCCGAAGGCAUUAAAGCGGAGCCAGUGGAUCAACAGCAACGACAGCAGGAGCAGCAACAGCAGCAAGACGUGCCACAGGCAACAGCGGGUGAGCAGUCAAUGACGGCCAGGCGGAAAAGGGGAAAGACGGCGACCGUUGCAUCCGCACCAGCACCUGCCUCUCGAAAGACGGUUAUCAGUGCUGAUCAUUACUUUGGUAUUGUUAACCGCAUCGUUGCAAGACUGCAAUCACUAGGGGAAUCCAAUCCACCAUCCCGUGCGGAGCUGGUGACGUGGUACAUGGAGCAGGUGCGCUCCCUUAAUAAAUCACAGCUGGAGGUGGAGUUGCGUUACGUGAACCUCGUCAUUCAAAAGAUGCUGAAGGAUGGAAAUUUGCUGGAGGUGGAGGUGCACGAGGGGGAAGGAGAGAAGAUGUUUAUUGACCCCAACUACAACCCCGACGUCACAAAACAAUAA